CAUCCUAAAAUCUAGCUGAUUCCAGAAGCAGCGUAAAGCGUCAGAAUUAUCAGAACGUAAUUGGAACGUGAUCAAAUGUGGUUUCUGGUGGUUGCGUAAAUAAAGUGGUGAUUCCAUUGAGUCUUACAAAUAAUAACGCUCAAACAAAACGCUGUUAAUUCGCUAUACAUUCGCACAAGUCUGUCGUCCGCUGUCCACGGAUACAUACAUCAGACGGAUUGCUUGAUCGGGCCAAUCGGUCCGAGUACUGCGUCAUUUAUUUUACGCAAAGUCAGCAUUGAAAUUUUAAAAUAAAAUGGUCAAAAUAACAAGUGGAACUUGGAAAUGUGUCAUCCCACAUUGUAAAUCUCGUGCUAGAGCUCCCGGUCAUUAUUUUCCGAAAGAUACAGAAUUAAGGAAAAAAUGGAUAAAAGCAAUAUCUAUGUCGCAUGUACCUGACGAAAAAAUUAAAAAAUGUAGAAUUUGCCAUUUACAUUUUGACGAAAGUUCGUAUAUUAUUAAUUUACAACGUAGACGGUUGAAAAUUGAUGCUAUUCCAAAUCGGAAUUUGUCAACUGGAAAUGAAACAGAUGAUUCUCAGUCUAGUGCAAGUACAGUUCCAGAAGAAGAAGAAGAAGAAGAAAAAGAAGAAAAAGAAGAAGACGAAGAAAUGGACGAUGUGACUGAAACAGUUGCAACACAAUCUUUUCUCGAUGUUUAUAAAUCUUAUAUAAGGACAGUGAAUUUUCUUGAAAAAGAAAAAGCUAUUUUGAAAAACAAUGUAGAUAUUGAAGAAGAGACACAACAAGAAACACAGCCAGAGAUUUUAAGGAUAGUUGAAGAAGAAAAAACUAUUUUGGAAAAUAAUGUAGAUAUUGAAGAAGGGACACAACGAGAAAUACAGCCAGAGAUUGUAAGGACAGUUGAAGAAGAAAAAGCUAUUUUGGAAAACAAUGUAGAUAUUGAAGAAGGGACACAACAAGAAACACAGUCAUGUAACAAUGUAAAUAUUGAAGAAGGGACACAACAAGAAACACAGCCAGAGAUUGUCGGCCUCAACAAAACAUGGGAAUUAUCGCUUUACGAAUUACAUCGCACUCCGCAAGACGCGAUCACCGACAACACAGAGAUUGCGGUCAGUCCGCGGAGUUUGCACAGCGAGCUCAUGUGCCCCAUUUGCUUGGAUAUGUUGAAGAAGACUAUGACUACCAAGGAGUGCCUCCACCGUUUUUGUUCCGACUGUAUUAUCACAGCUUUACGAAGCGGUAACAAAGAAUGUCCUACAUGCAGGAAGAAAUUGGUUUCUAAAAGAUCUCUCAGACCAGAUCCAAACUUCGAUUUGCUAAUCUCAAAAAUCUAUCCUAGCAGAGACGAAUAUGAGGCUCAUCAGGAACGAGUUUUGGCUAAACUGAAUAAGUCACAUUCACAAGCUGCACUUGUUAACUCUAUUACAGAAGGUAUUAAAUUACAAAGUCAGAAUCGUCCACAGCGUUCCAGAAAGAAUGCCAACGAAUCUGAAAAUGCAAGCAAUGCAACGUCUUAUAACAAUACACCAAAUAUUAGUGCACCUACAACACCAAAUCCAUCUACAAAUAUAGCAAAUCAAAGUGAUUCCUCUCAAAGUGCAACAGGACCUUUAAAUAGUGGAGGAACAACAUCUAGAAACUCUACCACACCAUCACCAAAUCCUGCAAAUCAAAUCUCAAAACCAUCAAAACGACAGAAAAGUCUACAAAAUUCUGAGAAUGAUUCUUCUAGUGCAGAAGCCGAGACUGGCGGUGGUGAUUCUAUGGUUGACACAGAAGGUGAAGGUCCUAGCGAACCAUUGAUGCUUAACGAAAUUGAACUUGUUUUUAAACCACAUCCUACAGAAAUGGCAGGUGAUAAUUCUUUAAUAAAAGCAUUGAAAGAGAACAGUAUUCGCUAUAUAAAAACAACAGCAAAUGCCACAGUGGACCAUUUAAGUAAAUAUCUAGCAAUGCGUUUAACGUUGGAUUUGGAUACUGAAUUAUCAGAAUCAGAUAGGCUGUUAAAUUUUUGUAUUUAUAUCGCACCUUCACCUGGGCAGCUUGUAGUAUUAAGUGGCUCACAAACGUUACGACAAGUGAACGACAAAUUCUGGCGUGUCAAUCGACCUUUGGAAAUGUAUUACUCAUGGAAGAAGACCUAGGGAAGGCCUCAAAAAUAUCUAUCAGACGGGAGCUAAUUGCGUCAUGUUUUGAAGAAAGGAAUGAAUUGUCAUUCAUAUUAUAUGGAAUACAGUAGAAUAUAUCAAAUAUGAACAAUACAUAUUGUUGUAUUGUACUGUAUUCAAUUUGAUUCAAUAUUAAGGUAAUAUUUAUAAAAUCAUCGACAAUGAUGCAAUUUUUACAUCUUUAAAGCUGGUUGCCAGUAAUGGUUCCAUUAAUAUAAGAAUUAAUAAGGCAACUAAAACCUUAUUAAACUGUGUGAUUUUAACGACAUUAUACAUCCCGAAUUGCAAUUACCAUUUCACACUAUACAAAAUAAUAUCUACAAAAAAGUUUUAUAAAAGAUAUAUAUGUUACA